GCGCUAGGAAGCUACGAGGAAAGAGCCGAAGAUGACCGUUCGAUAGCAAAAGAAGGAAAAAAAAAGGGAGUAAUUUCGCCCGUUAAAUUCUCAUUCUCAUUCUCAGUUCGAAGAAAGAAACAAGUAGAAUUUUCUUUGCUUGGUUUCCAAGCCAUCUUCUCAUUCUCUUCUCUCUCGAGGAGUUUUAUUUAUUUUUCGCCUGAGAAACGAACGUCGUUCGGAGCGGAGACUCCUCGGGAUCUGAAAUGUGUUCGAGGCGAGUCACUUAGAGUUUAUCAUGUAGCAUGACCUUUGCACUAUUCUGUAAGUAACUUUCUGACGUGUUAAAUGGAAGAAAAGCCAUUUCCCGCAUGGUCUUGGUCCGUCGAGCAGUGCUUGAAGGAAUACAAUGUCAAAUUGGAAAGAGGCCUGAGUUCACAUGAAGUUGAGAAACGUCGGGAGAAGUACGGUUGGAAUGAGCUCGUCAAAGAAAAAGGCAAGCCCUUGUGGCGGCUGGUGUUGGAACAGUUUGACGACGUGCUUGUCAAGAUCCUGCUUGUUGCAGCUUUAAUCUCGUUUGUUCUCGCUUACUUACAUGGGAGUGAAUCUGGGGAAGCAGUCUUUGAGGCAUAUGUGGAACCACUCGUCAUUGUCCUGAUCCUUGUUCUCAAUGCCAUUGUUGGAGUUUGGCAGGAGACUAAUGCUGAGAGGGCUCUUGAAGCCCUCAAGGAGAUGCAAUGUGAAUCUGCAAAGGUUCUUAGAGGAUUCUAUGUACCGGACUUGCCUGCACGGGAACUUGUUCCUGGCGAUAUUGUCGAAUUGAGGGUUGGAGAUAAGGUUCCCGCUGACAUGAGAGUAGCAUCCUUGAAAACGUCGACUCUAAGAGUGGAACAGAGCUCAUUGACUGGAGAGAGCAUGCCUGUGAUAAAAAGUACAAACCCCGUGUUCAUGGAUGACUGUGAAUUGCAGGCAAAAGAAUGUAUGGUUUUCUCAGGAACAACGGUCGCAAACGGUAGUUGCCUUUGCAUUGUUGUCAGCAUUGGUAUGAAUACUGAAAUCGGGAAGAUACAGGCUCAAAUACACGAAGCUUCGCUGGAAGAAAACAGCACGCCUCUGAAAAAGAAACUGGAUGAAUUUGGUGGGAGGCUAACAACUGCUAUUGGGCUCGUUUGCCUUGUAGUGUGGAUCAUCAAUUAUAAAUAUUUUCUAACAUGGGAUGUUGUGGAUGGAUGGCCCACAAAUUUCCAGUUUUCUUUGGAAAAAUGCACCUAUUAUUUCAAGAUAGCUGUUGCCCUUGCUGUAGCUGCCAUUCCUGAAGGUCUGCCUGCCGUAAUUACAACAUGUUUGGCCUUGGGUACCAGGAAAAUGGCACAGAAAAAUGUGAUUGUAAGGAAGCUUCCAAGCGUGGAGACCUUAGGAUGCACAACUGUAAUUUGCUCAGAUAAGACCGGCACACUUACCACCAAUCAAAUGUCCGUGACUGAUUUUUUCACUUUGGGCGGCAAGACUUCAGCUUCCCGAGUAUUUCAUGUUGAGGGCACGACAUACAAUCCUAAGGAUGGAGGCAUUGUAGACUGGACUUACUACAAUAUGGAUGCAAAUUUGCAAGCCUUAGCAGAGAUAUGUGCAAUAUGCAAUGAUGCUGGGAUAUUUUCCAAUGGGGCCCUCUUCCGAGCGACAGGCUUGCCAACUGAGGCUGCUCUCAAGGUUUUGGUCGAAAAGAUGGGUGUUCCAGACAUGAAGGCGAGGAAUAAAAUCCGGGACACACAGCUUGCUGCAGAAUAUUCUAUUGACCCCAUCACCGUCAAAUUACGCUGUUGUGAGUGGUGGAUGAAAAGAUCGAGAAGGAUUGCCACAUUGGAGUUUGAUCGUGUCCGUAAAUCCAUGAGUGUUAUUGUCCGGGAGCUUAAUGGGCAUAAUCGUCUUCUUGUCAAGGGUGCUGUCGAGAGUGUACUAGAGCGGACUUCGCAGGUGCAGCUCGCCGAUGGAUCAAUUGUUCCAAUUGAUGAGCCAUGUAGACAACUAUUACUGUUGAAACUCCACGAGAUGAGUUCAAACGGCUUGCGGUGUUUGGGUAUGGCAUUUAAAGACGACUUAGGAGAGUUUUCAGACUACUAUGCUGAGAGCCAUCCCGCCCACAAGAAGUUGCUUGAUCCGGCAAACUACUCUGGAAUUGAGAGUGAUCUAGUUUUUGUCGGAGUUGUUGGUCUGAGAGAUCCGCCUCGUGAAGAAGUUCAUAAGGCAAUCGAGGAUUGUAGAGAUGCCGGCAUCAGAGUUAUGGUGAUCACGGGCGAUAACAAGUCCACUGCAGAGGCCAUCUGUCGAGAAAUUCGAUUAUUUUCUGACAGCAAUGAUCUCAGAGGGAAAAGCUUUACGGGUAAAGAGUUCAUGUCUCUUCCCUCCAGACAGCAAAUGGAAAUCUUGUCGAAACCUGGAGGGCGGGUUUUCUCUCGUGCAGAGCCUAAGCACAAGCAAGAAAUCGUUAGGAUGCUCAAGGAAGCUGGUGAGAUCGUUGCCAUGACUGGAGACGGGGUAAAUGAUGCACCUGCGCUGAAACUGGCUGACAUUGGAAUUUCUAUGGGUAUCGCUGGAACUGAGGUUGCAAAGGAAGCAUCGGACAUGGUUCUGGCAGAUGAUAAUUUCAGUAGCAUUGUAUCAGCUGUUGCAGAAGGCCGUUCUAUUUAUAAUAACAUGAAAGCUUUCAUCAGAUACAUGAUAUCAUCUAAUGUGGGGGAAGUGAUCUCUAUCUUUCUGACCGCCGCCUUGGGCAUUCCGGAGUGCUUGAUACCAGUGCAACUCCUUUGGGUUAAUUUGGUCACUGAUGGCCCUCCUGCGACAGCCCUUGGUUUUAACCCGGCCGAUGUUGAUAUCAUGCAGAAACCACCCCGCAAGAGCAAUGACCCACUUAUUAAUUCUUGGGUUCUCUUCCGUUACAUGGUGAUUGGUUCAUAUGUGGGCAUUGCGACGGUCGGCAUCUUCGUCUUGUGGUACACACAAGCGUCUUUUAUGGGCAUCGAUCUUUCCAGUGACGGCCACACAUUGGUCACUCUAUCCCAACUCCGCACGUGGGGCGAGUGCCCCACGUGGGAAAAUUUCACAGCCACUCCGUUCUCGGCCGGCAGCCAUUUAAUCACCUUCUCUAACCCGUGUGACUAUUUCUCACUUGGAAAAGUAAAGGCAGUGACUUUGUCGCUGUCUGUUCUGGUAGCGAUUGAGAUGUUUAAUUCCCUCAAUGCUUUAUCUGAAGACAACAGCUUACUCACGAUGCCGCCAUGGAGGAAUCCUUGGCUUUUGGUGGCAAUGUCGGUUUCAUUUGGGCUCCAUUUCCUCAUACUCUACAUCCCGCUUCUCGCGGAUGUGUUUGGCAUCGUCCCAUUGAGUUUGAACGAGUGGUUUCUUGUUAUUCUGGUUUCUGCGCCAGUAGUUCUCAUCGAUGAGAUUCUCAAGUUUGUCGGUCGGAGGCUAAGGCAGACAACCCGAAAGCAAAAGAUGGCAUAACUAACAUUGGGGCAUUGUCACAGGGCUUCAUGCUCAGGUUUGAAGAUCCUGUUCUGGAGACACUGGCUGGUUGGCAGUUUGGCUGUGGCAAAUGGCCAUGGAAGGACACCAAAAUGGAAGUUGGCCAUGUUAUAGAAAAUCCGGUUGGACAGAAUGUCAAGAUAUAUAUAUGACCUUUGUAUCCCUUAUCUAUUUCUAUCAUCAAAGAGAAGGAAAAUGAUACUAUAAUAUGUAUGUUCAUUUAAAUGAAAGUGCAAAGAUGGCAAUUUAGUUUGUUUUGCCGAUUAUUU